AUUUGUAAAUGUAAGAUUAUAAUUGAGGAAAGAAGCUAAGUCUUGUCUGGUAAUGACAUGAAUUAAAUGUUAUAUCCGGUUACCAAGUAUUGACGAUGUCUGCUUUUAGACCUCCCUUAAGUAAACCUCUGAAGAAUAUAAAUAUAUACAACAAUGUGAAGGAGAAUUACUUGCCGAAUCUAUUGCUCCAGGUUCACACUCCUCAACUAUGACGCCCAUAGGAGUCAUUGUCCUUGCUGUUGUGGCAUUCAUCAGUUUCACAGGUGUCAUCUGUAACCCUAUUGAUGGUGGAACUGAGGAUGAAUGCCAAGACUAUCAAAGAGAUGCCUGCUUUUUUCUUUAUUUACCAGUCUGUGGAUCUGAUGGUGUUAACUAUGGCAAUUUAUGUGAAUUUUGUCAUGCUAAGAGAAGCGAUCCUCAGCUGUGGCUUGUAUCGAAAGAAGCAUGUCUAAAAACAAAUAAAUAAAUGCAGCAUAUUUGGAUGUCUUGUCAUAUGAAGAUCAAAAUUUCAAUAAAUAGAAAGGCAUACUAACAUUGUGUUUGAUUCUAUUAAAUGUAACUAUUUAGGGUACUAUUACAUACACUAUAGGGAUUGUUUUUACAUGUUCUGUGCUUUUGAUCAAUGCUCAUCAAAAAACUUAUAA